UUUUCAGGUAAAAUGCCAGUCGUGAGCGUUAGACCUUUUUCUAUGAGAAAUGAAGGCUUCUCAAACGGGCAUAACACGUGGAACGACGCCGAAUUUUGGAAACCAAUGAAGGAAGAACAAAUCGCCUAUAAAUUGCCAGGGGCUUGGUAUUACGAGGAGGACACUGCCUCGUGCUCUCCAGUCAGCGAUCCGGAGGAUAUUGCGCAGUUUCUCAACUACAGAACGUCGAUAGGCGUGCAAAAUGUCACAGAGUCCGUGGAAGUUCCGACGUCGGAGCAUGUCGCCGAGAUUGUUGGUCGUCAAGGCUGCAAAAUUAAGGCACUGCGCGCCAAGACCAACACCUACAUCAAGACACCGGUUCGCGGAGAAGAUCCAAUUUUCGUGGUCACCGGACGCCUGGAGGACGUGAACGAGGCGAAACGAGAGAUCGACUGCGCCGCCGAGCACUUCACACAGAUCCGUGCGUCGAGAAGACAUACACAAGGAGCCCAUGCACCUGGACAGAUCACGAGCUAUGUCAGAGUUCCGUUAAGAGUUGUCGGACUCGUCGUCGGACCGAAAGGAGCGACUAUCAAGCGAAUUCAACAGGACACCCACACGUACAUCAUUACGCCGAGCCGAGAAAGGGAGCCCGUUUUUGAGGUGACCGGCCUCCCACAUAACGUCGAGGCUGCCCGCAAGGAGAUCGAGACGCACAUCUUCCAGCGAACCGGAAAUCUUCCAGAAACCGACAAUGACUUUGCCGGACAGUUGGCCGGUGUCUCGUUGAUGGUGCAGAAGCAGCAACAGGCUCAACAACAAAUGCAGGAGGCUCAGCAACAAUCGAUGUUCUAUCGAAGAGCAUUCGGCAACAGUAAUCCGUUCAAUCAGAAGGAGAUGUCGUCGUCGCCAUUCGGAAUGGAGAGCUCGUUGGGAUUGGACGCGUUGCUCCGCAGUUUCCCAUCGAUGCGUAGUUCGUUGACUCCGGAAUCUCUUUCCGGUACUGGACUGUCUUCUCGUCCAUCGUUGGGAGGAGGACAAUCGGCGAAACAAGAUCUGCCAACCUACGACUACUGGGGAACCAACAACUCGCUUAAUGAUAUUAUGGAGAACGAAAUUCUCAGCCGCAAGUACGAUGCCCUGUCCGCAUGGUCGUCGAUGGGAUUGGAGAAACGCGAGGAAUCCCCAACCAAUGGGCUCAUGUCCUCCCUCAAAGGAACAUCCGCCGGCUUCGGUCUUCUCAGCACAAUCUGGUCUGGCGGAAACAUGAAUCUGAGCCCAGGAUCGUUGGCUUCAGCAUCUGCCUCGCCGACUUCAUCGACCUGCGAUCACAACGAUCAUACUCUCGUGCCGAUCAAUGGAUAAGCUGUGGAUCCAUUCAUCAUUCCAUUACUAUCGUGUAGACUCUCAUCUAGCAAAAACCCAUCCUCAACGAGUUCCAAAUUCAUCUUUCCAUUCUUUAAAAGACUCUUUUUCCCAUUUUCUACUUUGUUCAUCGGUGUACGAGUCCCUCCAUUCCCAUUUUCUCACCUCUUUACUACAUUACUAGAACACACAAAAAUCACCAUCAUUCUCACCCCAAAAUCCUAGACAAAAAAAACGAAAAAAAUCACAUAUAUUUAUAUAUAACUAUUAUUAUUUGUUAUUCAUAUUUUUGAAAUAUCUAUAUUAUAUAUAUUUAUAUAUGUAACCCAUGCAGUCCCCCAAUAUAUAUUCCUACAGUAGGUUUUUUUGGAAAAUCUGUAACUUUCUCUAUUAUUCUUUUUUGCAUUAUGAUAGGACGACCAACUCAUGUUUUAAACAAAAAUUAUAUAUAUUAUAAGGAUUUCCUCUUUUCUCUCUAUCUCUCACCUAGUGUUUAACUCCCAAUUUUCCCCCUCUCUACUACGCACAACUAACGGAGAAUUGAGAGGCCUUUUAUAUUUAUAGCACCUCUUUAUAAUUAAAAACUCGAGUGAUCCCCACCUCACCCAUCAAAUUUAUCGUAUUUUGUAAAAGUUCUGAUAUAUUCCACAGAUUUUGGUGUAUGUGAAUGAAGCGAUUCGUGUCGUCU